CUCACGAUCUGUGAGGCAGUCGGCACUCGCUAGGAAUGCGCAAAGUGUUCGGCUUGCAAUAAUAGAACGUAAGGCAUUUCGUUCUUCGCGUAAACAUCUGUUAAUUGCACAUCAGUUGCACGUUUGCAAGCGUUUUACGUGACAUAUACAUAUUCUUGUAAUUUGCAAAAUCAACGAAACUAACUCGCAAUUCGAUCUCGCGUACCGGUGUGUGCUUCCAUAUAUUCAGAAGAGAUCAACAACGGCGCGUCGAUCAUCGGCGGUUUACGACUCGCGCAUGACAAGAAUCUUAGAAUCGAUGUGGUGACCAGUUUUGAAAGAAAGAAAGAGAGAGAGAGAGAGAGAGAGAGAGAGAGAGAGAGAGAGAGAGAGAGAGAGAAGAGAGAAGAGAGAAAGCAAGAGAGAGGAGAGAAAGAGACAAACAGAUAGACAGAGAUGUAUGGCAACCAGUUGCGGAUGUGAACUGAUGUUAUUGUGAGUGUUCUUUUACGUGAGAGGCAAAGAGAAUUAUAGAUCGUGAAAAAACAAAGAAUUUAUAGAAGAAUGUGCGUCGAGCAUUCAGUCUUUAGCGGAUAGACUGCGAAUCGAUCUGAAGCGCGUGUUGUGGUGCGAUCACUCUGUUAACUGCAAGCGUGCAAAUAAAAAGCGUAUUUAUUUGCGGACAGGAUAUACAUUAUUGACAAUUGUGGUUUUCUUUUAGCAUAAUUACAAUCAUCAAUUAGUCUUCAAUUUCACGAAAAAUCGGAAUAUAGUAAAUAAAAACAGUCGCGUCACAUCGUAUUUUGUCAGUAAGUUUAUUAAACGCGAUAUCGACUUCCUUUGACUUUGACAACCGUCAUUCAACUACCACAACGUAUGUUUUCAACAAUCAAAUCAACAAAUAGCAGGUUUAACUUGGGAUUAUCGAUAAAUCAACAUCUCGGAGAUACUGCGACUUUUUCAAUGUGUAACAAUUGAUUAUUUGCAGAUACAUACUAAUUUAUUCAUACUAAUAAGAUAGAAACUGUCAAUGAUAGUCUGGAACAAAAAAGAAGAAAAUUUAAAGGCAUCUUAAAGAAGCACUGUGUAGCCAAUCUACGUGAUAUCGAGAUUUAAAGUGCCCACUCAGAUAGAUAUCAAAUUUGAAGAUACGAACGCAGCAGAUAAUCAAGUUCAUUGAUCCGUUCGCAUAAACAUCGAGGCAAUUGCAACAUAGCGUUUACGGAGCGCGCUGUAUCGAUUACAAGAUCACUUUUUAUAGUGUUUCCCAAGAUUUUAGACAAAAUAUUUGUAAUAAUAGUGUGUUUACAAACAAUACUAAGCAACAAAAGUUUAUCAAAAAUUUCUCGACUACCACAAACUACAUUUUCGCAUAUAACAUUAAGAACUAACUCUCACACGUUCGAUAAACUUUUUCUCAACUUGGAAGACAAAGCGACGCGAUUUUAAAACAUCGAGCUAACAAACGAUUUUGCUCGAUGCAUCGUUAGCGAAGUAAGAAAUCACGAUAUUAUCCUAGAAAUCACGAAUUGAUCUAUUAUUAAUUUCUUUGGAUGUUCUCAAGAUAAUCAAUACGUGUUUGCGCGACAAUUAAUUUUGAAGAAUGAAGUAAUGAUAGAUCUGCAUCGACCGUAGAUCGACUCAUCUCUAUAAAGAUUUAUUACCAAACAUCACUAGUUAAAGAAGUUUGUAGCGUUCGUCUUCCUGUAAAUAAAAGUCAUUCUAGGUGAUGCGGGGUAGCAGCUCCGAACUCUUACUGAAUGCCAACUGCAGUCAAUGUCAGAGCGAUCGCGAGCGCAGGGAUCGCGAGCGUCGAAGCAACAGUAGAAGCCGCGACGAGCUACGUCGUCGCAAGCUGUUGGAAUCCCGGUUUGGAACGUCGCGGCGUCGACCGCCGCGACGUACUUGCCGCCAGCGGUUGAAUUUUUACGCUACAUCGGCGUUGGCUUUCGUUGCCACCUCAGGUGGCACUGCGCUUCUCUUCUUGGUGCCACUCUACGUCGACCCAGCUAUUAGCACCCUGGCGGCAGACUUCUCGCCUGAACCAGUGACGUGUACUACUUCAAGGCGAGAGAAUUUAAUCGGUCUUUACAACUGUACAUGGACAUCAUGCCGCGAAGGAUGCACUAGUGAUGUGUACAGAUGCAGUCACGUGUAUGUCACCUAUACACCGUGGAACACUGCGAAUUUGAAGAACGAAACUGCCGAUAGGAACACCACCGUCAACAUCACUAGUGUCGCUAACAUGUCUUCCCCGGGGAAUGUCGAGGCGGUGCUGCUGGUAAACAUCAAGGGUUGCGGGUAUCCACCAGCAGUCAAUUGCGAAAACUUUACCCGCGAAAUGGGUUACGAAGGUGCAAGGUUUCCCUGCUAUUACAGCCGAGUGAACGGUAGCAUAGUCAUACCGGAAUAUAAUCGCGAGGAACAGAUUGCUACUAUCAUACAUUACUUUGCGGCGCCCUUCGUAGUCACUCUCGCAACCGGCGUCGCAUUAUGUGUGAUGCACUGUGACUGCAGUUGCACGCCACCACCACGACAUUCGUCACGGAACAAGAGAAGAUCUAGAAGCAAUGAACUCAGCUGCUGCAUGACUAUAAAAAAUCGAUAAUAGUUUACAACUAUGCUAGAAGUCAUCCAAUUUAAAAGAAAAGAACGAUUCGCAGAAAUGGAAAUUGAUUCAUCAUCUCUCGCUAAUUAGCUCCAAAAGGCGUAUUCAUCUCAUUAACGAAACGAGUGUGACGCCCAAAAGCCGUGACUGCACUCACCGUCUCAACGAAAAUGUGAAUGUGUAGAAAGAUCUCUAGUUAUCGAUCGGAUGCCGUAAGUAAUUCCGUGCACUCGGAAUAAUCGACAGCUUUCACAGAUAUAGAUAUGUUACAUGAACAAAUUCUAAGUAGCCGCGUACCUCACGUAACUCAAUAUUCUUCUAAAUAUUAUUUUUUGAGUGAUUCAACUAUUAAGCAAAACAUAUAUGUUGAUGUUUCAUAUUUUAUGAAAGUCUUCAUAAAAAUAUUUCUAUAAAAUUUAGUUACAAAAUUAAUUCUACAU